CUCGGCAGCAGAUGCACUCCCUAUUGGAUGACGCCUUCGCCCUGGUGUCGCCGUCCUCGCAGGGCAGUGCCGGGCUGAGCGGGGUAAGCCCCGCCCUGCCCGGCCCCUCCCCCCAGGCCCGCCCCCCCGGCAGGCCGUGGUGCUCUUACCCCGCUGCCCCCUCUCCCAACCCCUUCUCCUCUAGAUACGCAGAGCUGGGAAUGUCCCCAACAUCAGUCCAGGGCCUUCUGCAGAGGCAGGGUCUAAACUCAGCAGGGUAUGUUUCUACUAGAGACCAGAUGCAGGAGUCGGUUUACUCCAGCAGGGGGCCGUACGAGGACCCCCCCUCCUCGUCCAGGCCAAGACCUGUAGGGGGCAGCACAGGUGCGCAGCUCCACCACUUGACCCAGGUGGGUUUGUCCAGUCAGAUUGCAGCGUAUCCUGGGGUGGGUCGCAGCAUGUCUGGUCCCACUGGCUCUAGCUGGACCCAGCAGCACUCAGACCAGGACCUGUCCAGAAGAGGAACCAGCAGAGAGAGUGUGCUGUCGUUUCCGGAGUUCUCCUCUUCCUCUGUUUUUCAGAUGCCCAGCUCCUCGUUAAGGGACCCAUCUGCUCCCCCUCUCCUCCUGACCUCACCGACUCCUGAGUACCCGCCAGAGGACGCCUCCCCCUCAGCCCACACCUCCGCCUCCCUUAUAAAGUCCAUCAGGGAGGAACUGCGACGUCUGGCCCAGAAACAGACUGCAGUGACCGGCUAUCCUUAGACUGCUCGAGACUUGCUUGGGUCAGGACUAGUUAUUGUUUUAGACUACUUAUAACCUGGAAAGAGUGGAUUAAAAACCGAUAACUAACUAAGCCACAGUCUGAACUCUCUUGAGCUAAUCUAUGUCUGUGCUGCUAAACCCAAAAUGACUCUGGACCACAAUCCACAUCUGGAAAAAAAGACUUCAAACUGAAAGACCUCCGGUACUUCACAGGGUCUCGUCUGCCAUCCUUCAGCUCAGCGUUUCAUCAGUUUGACAUUUCCAUUGAAGGAUGAUCCCACUGGGAGGUCUCAUAAGGUUGUCCUUUCUGGCCUGCUGGAGCAAAUCAUCCUUCCAGAGUGGAUGGUCGCUCUCGACCAUCUGAAGGGAAUGGUCCAUCUGACCUUCUAGGGUAGCUCAUCCCUCCUGGAGUUGUAUUUUUGGGGCAUUACCUUUGGGAGUGGCCAUUUGGUCCCGACAAUCUGUGAUGAAUCAUCUCGACUUCCCUUCCAGAAGGAAUGAUCUUCCCUGGAGUUCUGGAGUGAAUAGCCCCUCUGGAGAAGAUCAUCCCAGAAGAUUUUCCUUCCUAACCCUGGAGUGGAUGCUCCCUCUUGAAUGUCUCCCUCUUGAAUGUCUUUGAAGACACGUGUCUUUUCGGACAGUCUCAAUGGAUCUUUCGUCCAAACCUUCCAGAAGUAGAAGUUCACUCCUGACCUUCUGGACUCAACUGCCCCUCCUGAAGUUCUGAAGUGGACUGUGACUCCUGACCUUCUGUGGUGCUAACCGCCAGCCUCAGACCACCUCCUCAUUGACCACUUAUUGCCUUCCACACGGCCAUCAGUGACAGGGAUCAGGUCACCGUUCAUAAACCACAUCCAUGAGGGUCUGCACAGCUGGAGCACAGUUCUUACGGCAAAGGGACGCAAAAUAGUAAAAAAGUGUAUAUGAGUAUCUAUAAGAUGUAUCUGUAAAGAGAUAGAACCCCAAUGAGCACAAUAUUGAUGUAAGAGUUAUUAUUGGAGUAUUGAGAUGUUACUUAUUUGUAUUGCUUAUAUAUGAAAUUAGACCUAACUCCUGUUGGAUGGUUGUGUACUUGUCGUGUGUCGGCGCUCUGUGUGUGUUUGUGUCUGUGGUAAUCAAACAACAUGGUGCUCAUGCCUCCAGAGGUUUGAGUUGCUGAUUUGUUGCAUCAUGAGUGCAUGAGCAGAACGCUGGAGGAGCUCAUCAUCUCCACCAGAACUAAAGGUCCUCACCAGCUCCCCCUAUAGGUCGACAUGUUUAUUGCACACGAGAAAACAUCAGAGAACAAAGAGACCCUUCCAAUCUCUUCCGUAGCCUCGUGGGUCGUGAGCACAGAACCGGCACAGCACGACCCUCAGGCAGGAGCUGCCUGCAGCGCCCCCUCCUGGCAGGACUCCUCCACCACGGCCCUCAUGCUGAGCAGAACUCCUGAGGGCUUCUUCAUAGCACCACCUUCAUGUUGCUAUGAAUUCUGGGUACUCUUCCUGAACUCUGAACAUUCUGGCUCUCUGGCUCUCUGUGGUGUGUGUGGUGGACCCUCUCAGCCGGGUCAGGCUUUGUCCUCGUGGUGUCCAGUUGAGGCGGAGUCGUCCUGAAUCAGAACCAGAACCCAUCGCACGAUGAAAAUAAGUAAUUCAUAUGAAACUUUUUGUUGUUGUAUUUUUAAAUCUAUUUUUUUUAAAGUAGAGGAAGUGGAUCUGGUGUUGAAUAGAAAGCGUAAUAGAGAGAACACGCUGUGAACGGACUCAAAGGCUUCAGAGCAACACAGCUUUCUGAUUGGACCGGACCCCUGUCAGUCAAGCUGUAGGCCCCGCCCACAGGAGCCCAUGGUGCUAGGGACUCCGAGUCCCCGUCACACAAAAGGUUCAAACCUGGUUUCAGGUUUCAACAUGUCCCCCAGAGUCCUCAAAGAACCCAGCAGACACUCCAAAUCCCGUUCACACGAGACCCCUGAUCUGGGUGAGACCACCUCAGACCAGGUGACCUAAAAAACAGGUGACAUCACUUCAGACCAGGUGACCUAAGACCAGGUGAAAGGACCUCAGACCAGGUGACCUAAGACCAGGUGACAUCACUUCAGACCAGUUGAAACCACCUAAGACCAGGUGAAACCACCUCAGACCAGGUGACCUCAGACCAGUUGAAACCACCUCAGACCAGGUGAAACCAGACCAGGUGACCUCAGACCAGUUGAAACCACCUCAGACCAGGUGACCUCAGACCAGUUGAAACCACCUCAGACCAGGUGAAACCAGACCAGGUGACAUCACUUCAGACCAGUUGAAACCACCUAAGACCAGGUGAAACCACCUCAGACCAGGUGACCUCAAACCAGUUGAAACCACCUCAGACCAGGUGAAACCAGACCAGGUGACCUCAGACCAGUUGAAACCACCUCAGACCAGGUGACCUCAGACCAGGUGAAACC